AUGGAGUCAUCAAACCAACCAAGACUGUCAGAUUAUGCAGAUCAGGAUGUUAAUCCUGUUUUUCUUCAGCAACUCCAGGACAUGGGUAUUCCAGAAGAGGAAGCUAAACAGGCGCUCCUGCGAACAAUGAAUGUUUCUGCUGAUGAGGCGAUCAACUACUACUUCAACAAACUGAAGAACGAGGAGGAAGAUGAGGAUCUCAUGUACAAAAUGGUGUUUGUGGUCAACAUAGACCUUGCUAUGGGGGUUGGAAAGGUCGCUGCUCAAGUUGGACAUGCUGCUGUUGCUUUGUACCAGACUCUGCAGGAGAACAACGGCUGGAGAGAGAUGGCCAGGAAGUGGGACCACAGUGGGGCCAAGAAAAUUGUACUGCGGGGUACCGAUGUGGCCCAUCUUUUAGAGCUGCAGGCCCAUGCCAUGAGCCUUUGUCUGCCCACUUACUUGGUCCAGGAUGCUGGACUUACACAGGUGGCCUCUGGUUCCUAUACUGUUCUGGCUAUCAUGGGUGAGGAUAAUAUGGUGAACAUUGUCACUGGGCGUCUGAAGCUGCUCUGA